ACUCUUUACUAUGCCAAGAAUUCCAAGUCCUUAAUAUUCGAUGAGGUUGACCUCUCAGAUGCCAGCGUGGCUGAAUCGAGCACCAAAAACGUCAACAACAGCUUCACGAUCAUCACUCCGUUCCGAAGGUUGAUAUUGUGUGCAGAGAACAGAAAAGAGAUGGAAGACUGGAUUAGUUCUCUCAAGUCUGUCCAGUCCCGAGAACAUUAUGAGGCAGCCCAGUUUAACGUGGAACAUUUCUCAGGGAUGCACAACUGGUAUGCUUGUUCCCACGCGAGGCCCACUUUUUGCAACGUCUGCCGUGAGAGCCUCUCUGGAGUCACUUCCCACGGUUUGUCUUGCGAAGGUAAAUCAGUCCACACUGAAUCAUCAUUUAGCACGAAAAUGCAAA